AACUCCACUCUCUGUUUUGCAACAUCGUCUAGGACGCAAUUUAUUUCAUAGACAUUCUUUCCAACCAUUCCAUUGGAUGUCGAUCGUUAAAAAGGAAAAUGGUCAUCUGGAAAACCCUGUUUUCUUGUUUUUGGACAAAGCAAGUGGCACGCCUAAUAACCAAACUCAUGUGGUAAAGGCCGGCUAAGGAUUUUUGGAGAAACAGUCAUAUAGAGCUGCAAACAAUUAUUAUUACAGGCACGUUGUGUUUUGUUAUGGUCUAAUACCACUUAUAAUAUUUUAGCAUUCCACUUCAUAAUCACUAAAUUCAGUUGAAAAGAAAAAAAUGAACUAAUCAAUAAGAACUACGGCAUGGGGGGAGCAUCUUGGGAAGCUUUGCAAUUUUUGAAUCAGAUCAGAAUGUUUAGCCUUUCCAGCUAAAUUAAACUCUGAAACUUUGC